AUGGUUUGGAUUUGGGCAACAAUUGGGUUGCUUGCCCUUGUUCAUAUCCUGCAAGCAUGGUGGAAGAACAAGAAGAAGAGGUUACCUCCUGGUCCAAGAGGGUUCCCCAUUUUUGGAAGCCUUCACUUGCUAGGGGAGUUUCCUAACAAGGAUCUUCAUCGGCUAGCCCGAAAAUACGGCGACAUCAUGUACAUGCGCUUAGGCCUUAUGCCUACCAUUGUCAUCUCAUCUCCAGAAGCCGCUGAGCUGUUCCUCAAAACACACGACCUUGUUUUUGCUAGCAGGCCACCACAUGAAGGUUCAAAGCACAUCUCUUUCGGACAAAAAAACUUGAUCUUUUCUGAGUAUGGCGUGUAUUGGCGCGACACCCGGAAGAUGUGCACAAUUGAGUUGCUCAGCAACCACAAAAUCAACUCCUUCAAGUCCAUGAGAAGAGAAGAGGUUUCUCUCUGUGUUGAGUCUAUUCGAGCGGCCGCAAAUAAUAGAGGUGUUGCUGUUGAUCUGAGUGACAAGGUCUCGUCUCUCAGCGUGGACAUGAGCUGCCGGAUGGUGCUUGGGAAGAAGUACAGGGAUGAGGAGUUUGAUGAGAGGGGUUUCAAGUCUGUGGUCAGAGAGGGUAUCCAAUUGGCAUCUGCUCCUAACUUGGGUGAUUACAUUCCCUUUAUUGCUCCACUUGACCUCCAAGGGUUCACAAAACGCAUGAAGUCUGUUAACAAGGCAUUUGAUAACUUGUUUGAGAAGAUCAUUGAGGAGCAUCUUAAACCUAACGAUGGAGAAAGAACUAAGGACUUUGUUGAUGUUAUGGUGGGCUUCAUGGGGUCCGAAGAAUCCGAAUACCGAAUCGAACGCCCCCAUAUCAAGGCUAUAAUGUUGGACAUGCUGGUGGCCUCCAUGGACACAUCAUCGACAACGAUUGAGUGGGCACUCUCCGAACUCAUGAGGCAUCCGAAAGCGAUGAAGAAAGUCCAAAAAGAGCUAGAAAAUGUUGUUGGAUUGGAUAAAAUGGUGGAGGAAUCAGACUUGGAGAAAUUGGACUACUUGAACAUGGUAGUGAAGGAAACCUUUAGGCUACAUCCAGUAGCACCAUUACUGGUUCCUCAUGCAUCCACUGAAGAUUGCACUGUCAAUGGAUACCACAUACCCAAAAAAUCUCGGGUCCUCAUAAACGUGUGGGCAAUCGGGAGAGACCCGAAUGCUUGGACAGAUGCAGAAAAGUUCAUACCAGAAAGAUUUGAGUGUAGCAGCGUUGAUGUUACAGGAAAUCACUUUCAGCUUAUCCCAUUCGGCUCUGGCCGAAGACGUUGCGCUGGAAUUCAGCUAGGCCUUACUGUGGUCCAGUUAGUGCUGGCACAACUUGUGCAUUGUUUUGAUUGGGAACUUCCAAAUAACAUGUUGCCAGAUGAGUUGGACAUGACUGAGGAGUUUGGCCUUACGGUUCCAAGGGCCAAGCACCUACUCGCUAUCCCUUCCUAUCGCCUUCGCAAAUCAGCAUAA